AAUUUAGUAAUAAAGUAUUAUUAAGCUUUAAUUUUUUAACAGAUAUUAACACUUUUUUAUUUUUAUUUGCAACGUAUUUAAUUAAAUUUAUAAUAAUUGAAACAUUAUAUUUAAAAAAUUUAAUUGUUAUAAUUAAAUGUUGAAUAAACAAUUUUUACAAUAUGUCUAUUGAGUUUAAAGCUUUCGCCAAAGGCAUCAAUCACAAAAGAAUAAAAACUUUUUUAUUUGGUACUCAUGAUGUAAAUGUUAAUAUAUUCAAUGACACGGUGAACUGUAUAACUCCUGGAGGUGAAAUUUUAUCAUUUUGUUAUAAAGACAAAAUAAUUAAUUUCAUAAUAAAGUAUGAGACAAAUUCCUCUGAAAAUAUUUGUCAACAAUUUGAAGUUUUAUGGAGCGAUGUUAUUUCUGCCAAUAUAAAUGAAGAAAUCACAUCAGUUUUAUGCUUACCUUUAUCUACAGUUAAUACAAAAUUAUCUAGUCAUUCUACUCCUGAAUGGUUUUGUUUUGCGGUUGGUUUUUCCAGUGGAAUUGUAAAAUUUUUCAAUGAGGAUGGCAAUCUGUUAUUCUCACAAAUUUUUCAUAAUAAUAAUGUUCUAAAAAUAAGAUGUCAAAGUCAUCAACCUGCUAUGAAUAAUCCUCCUUCAAUUGAACAACCUGAAGAAUUUGUUGUUUUAUACAAUGAUGUUCUUUGUACUAUUGUUGGUACACUACUAGUAAAUUGUUUAAGGUCUUAUAAAAAUCAAUCAGUAAAAGGUAAUUAUGGAAGUUCCACUAAUAUUCCUGCAUUAGCUUACAAAAAAUGGGCUUUUGAUGUUCAAGAGAAAAUUAAUGAUGCUUCUGUUGGAGGAAAAUAUGACAUUAAAAGUUUUCAACAUGUAGUAGCAGCCAACAUUUGUAAGGGUAUUAAUGGAAACAAAAUAAAUAAUUUACCUCAAAUAACUCAAAUCAUUGCUGCUGGUAAAAAUCCAUACUUAGCAUUUCAUUUCAGUAUUGGGAGUCAAGCAAUACCUACAUUUGAAAAUAUAACUAAAGCAGUUGCUAAUAAAUUGAAAUCAUCAAUAACUCAAACUUUACCAAGUUGGUUAACAUAUAAUCUGUCUUCAAUUAAUAAUAUUAAUUUUCAAGAAACAGCUGAACAACUUAGAUGUCGAUUCAAGCUUUAUGAUGAAAACUGUGAAGCUUUACAAAUUGAAUUAAGUCCACAAUUAGCAGUUGGAGUUAUUUCUGAUAAUUUAAAUAAAGUUACAUUGUUUGAAGUAAAUGCUGGGGAAAUAAUACGAGUUUGGAAUGAUUGCCGAGAGGUACAAUUUGGAUGGCUUGUUGUAAAUGAGAGCAAAAGUUCAAAUUCUAAACAGGCAUUGUUUUUAGUAAUGUAUUUACCCUUCAAGGAAUCAAUAGAAGUAUGGUCCAUGCAGAAUUAUGAACUUGUGUCAGAAAUAAAAGUCUCAAAAAGUGGACGGCUAUUUUAUACUAAUUUUGGCUUACUUGGUGCUUUGAGCUCAUCAAGAAGAAAUAUUUAUAAUGCAAAUUAUCGUUGUUAUUUCAUAGAUGAAACAGAAAUAAUUAGGGAGUUAAUUGUACCAUUUCAUUGUGCUGAUAUGAGCAACAAUGAAUUAUCACAUGAUAUGCAUUUAAUGAAGACGUUUAAAUCUCUAUGCAGAAAUGAAAAUUUUGAUGAUAAAAAACUUUGUGAAGAAGUUGUAAAUUUGGCUAAUAAUUUAAUGACUGAUAAAGUAAGACAACAAGCAUUUGAAUAUAUUAAAUCCAGUAAACAUAUGACACUAAACGCAUUUUUGGACUACUUAAAAAGUUAUAAAACUGUUUUAGAAAAAGAAAUGACAAGUAAUUCUCUAAGUAAAAAAAUUUGGCUGCAAACUAUUGAUAACCACUUAAAGCUUAUUAAAUACUUUACAUUUUUAUAUCAAUACCAAAACAAGCAUUCUUCUUCUGUGCUUUACACUUCUUCAGCUGAUGAUAAAACACAAGAGCUCUGUAAAACACUUCGUAUAAGUGAUCAAGAUUUAGACAAAAUAAUUUCUUUGGUCCCUUUUGAAAUACAAAGGAAAACUACAGUUAUGUUUCAGGAUGAAAUUAAGUUAACAUUUACUAAAGUAAUUGAAUUGUUAUCAUGUUUUAAAACAACUGAAGAUUAUAUAACUUUAAGAAAAGAUGUUAAUCUUGAUGACUUAUGUAAAAAAAUAUUUGAACCUAUAAUGCAUUCUGACAGUGAUAUUAGAGAAUGGAAUUUAGCUUGGGUGGCUAAUGGUAUUCAAAUUACUGAUAUGAUGUAUUUAGCUGUUCAGUAUUGGUUGUCUAAAGCACUUACAUUAACAGUUGUUACUGAAAUGAUAUCAUUUUAUCGUAUUAUUGAUACACUUUGUAAUAUUAAUGUUAAAGAAAAUAUUGAUUGGAAACUCAUACAAGAUCAAUUUUCAAAUCAUUCUAACACAUUUUCUUGUUUAACGGGUUCCAUUAUUUGUAAAACUAUUGCAUCUAUAAAAAAGACAGCUUAUAAUUUUUACUUAGAAUUAGUUAAAGUUGAUGCUGAGUGGGAGUGUCUUACUAGAGAAGAUUACAAAUGGAAUUUAUUAAUAGUACGACUAGAACAAGUUUGUCAUCUAAAUGCUACUUUGAAGUAUUGUCCUGAAGAAUCUCAUAGUACUCUUUAUUGUACAAAAUAUAAUCAUAUUCCAUUAUCCCUGACUGAGGUUUUAAGAAAUGGAAGAGGUGGGGUUUCUAUGUUUGUAGCAAAAUGGUUAAUCAGUGUUGGUCUUGAUCCAGCCUUAAUCAUGAAUGAUUAUCUAUUUGAUAAACAAGAUAAAAUACUUGAAAUUGAAUCUCCAAAUUUAGAAAAUAAAAUAGUGAAAAGUAUUCAGGAUGGUAUAGCUAUAAACACUGAAUUAGCUAUAGAAGCAAGAACUUUGAGUAAUGCUGAAAAAGAAACAAUUGAUGCAUUACAAAAUUUAAGAUUAUGUUUUCCAUAUAGUUUAGAUAGUAAUAUACUAUUGAGCAAUAUUUAUUGGGAAUAUUUAUUGGAAUGGAAAGAAUGUGUUUCUAAUCUUAGACCAUUGGAAGCUGGACUAAAAGUUGCUGACUAUAUAGCAUGUUCUCACAUAAAAUAUAGUAUUUCAAACUUAAUAUGGAUUACAUUUUUGUCAAGUACUUUUGAAUCUGCUGUUAAACUUAUUCAUCAACUAGGGAAAAUACCGAAAGAGAAAUUAUGUAUACAAGAUGUUGGUAUGCCAGAUCGCUGUAUAUCAAAAUUUUUCAACUUAUGUGAAUAUUUCUUGGAUAGUGUAAUCAAAGCUUUAUUAUCUGCUGAAGAUGACAUUUUAGCUGAAAUAAAACAUGAUUUAUUUUGGGAAAAUUGGAAAAUUAAUAACCAACAUGAGCCUACUCUAGUUCAAAAAGCUUUAAGUAUACCUAAUCCUGAUCAAGAAGUUCUUUUAUUUUUUCAUCAGUGUGCCAGAACUUUUCAUAUUAUGUCCGAAUUUUCAUUGCAUUCAUCAAAACCUCUUACUAAUCUAUUCGACUGUAAUAUAAAUGAAGUUGAUUUUCAUUCUUUAAAUCAUAAAAAUUAUUUAACUCAAGAACAGCCAAGAUUAAAAGUAAAAAAAGCAAGAACAGAUUUUAUUAUGAAUUCAAUAACUUCUGCUAUAGGACUAAUUCAAAAAGAUUAUGAGUGUGACCAUUAUGAAUUUGAUAGUAAAGAAUAUUUAUUUUGGAUGAGUAAAAUAACUCAGUUAUCAAUUGAUUGGGAACUAUCUCUAGACGAACUUAGAAUUCAUCAAGUAGUUUCCCUUUAUGCAAAAGGUCAUGAUAGAUUAGCAGGAGAAGUAGUUCCAAUUGUCAGCAAUAAAGAAAGUUUAGUCAAGCAAUUAUUGAAUAUUAUCAAACAUAGAUUGAAAUAUGAAUUGACAAUGAAUGAUUUGGAUUUUUAUAGAAAAAUAGUGCAUUUUAGUCCAGAAAUGAUUUUAUGGUUAAAUGACCCUGUCUCCAUGGAAGUUGAAAAAUCAUUAAUAACAGAAACUUUAGAGCUGGUUCAAACUGUUGUAACUUUAAUAUCAGAAAAUGAUGUGCAAUAUGAUUUUGCAAUAAGCUUGAUGAAUAGCUUAAUUUCAUUUAAUGACUCCUGAUAGCUAAAAUAAAAU